AACUGCUUUGCAUGCAGCGUUAUACUCUUGGUGGAAAACUAGCGCGAAACUUGUACCCUGUUGUAAUAUACUUCGCGAUAAAUGAAGUGCUUGUUUUCAAAUUAUUGUUGCCAGUAAACAGGUGAAUAAUCGAAAGAGCCAAUGGGAGCUGUGGGAAGUUUACUAUGGGAAACCGAUGUUAGAAGCGACGACCCCGAUCCAGUGACUGGUUUGACCUCCAAAGAUCGACGAUUUAUCUCAUCCACUUGGAACAAAUUGAAUCAAAACAGCGCAGAAUCUGGCAUCGCUAUCUUCAUGGCAUUGUUCAUGAAGUACCCAAACUACCAAAAAUUAUUCCCUUUCCGCGACAUUCCCAGGGACGAACUGCCCAAAAACAAACGCUUUAGGGCUCAUUGUAUUAGUCUGAUGUAUGCAUUCACUGCGAUCGUCAAUAACGUAGGGGACACUGAGUUGUUGCAGGAACUCCUUUCAAAGCAAGGCGUAGCUCACGUUCCACGCGGGGUUCAAGAAAUGUCCUAUUGGGAGCUGAAGGAAGUACUAAUGGAAUUGUUUGGCGGUUCGAUGACAGCGGACGAGCUGCAAAGUUGGAACAAGUUUUUGGACGUGGGUUUCAGUGUUAUAAUACAGGGUGCCCGUUCGGUUAAACCCGUUGAAUAAUUCUCCCCAACCAGACUGCGAUUUAUUUAUUGUUAUUUAUUUAUAUUAAAUUUAAUUAAAAUUAAUUAAAUUUAAACUUGAU